AUGGAAAGGCUUGAACAAAUCAAGGUAAUCGCCAAUAACCUUAAAACGAGUUCGACGAAGGCUAUAAGGGCACUGCACAGGUUAGUGUUCGAGAAAGAAGGAGACCGCGGCAAUAGGAAGCGACUGCGUGAGUUCGGUGGCUUUACAUUCGCUAGCGGAUCGGAAGAGUAUAAGAAUAANUUAGCAUAUGCGGAGGCAGCCCUCGGCUGGGGAGAUUUAGUUGCAAUCUGUAACAUCUUGGCAAUUGACUACGCAGGUACGAAGAGAGAGUUGCAGCAGCGAAUAUGCGACUACCUGAUGGAUCUCGAUUCGCUUAGCAACGCAAACGACGACAGAAGAGACGCUGAAGAAGACGCUGUGGAAGACGACGACGACGAAGCUCACGACGACGAUAACGAUGAAGCUCACGGCGAAGACGACGCAGAAGAAACCAACGCAGACGAAGAUGAUAAUAGAACGAAUAGCGACCACGAAGAUGAUCGACGAGCAAAGAAGACUGAAAAAACGACGAUGAAGAAUAAGUUCGCGAUGACGUUCAGGGACGUGGAAGACUCGAUCAGGCCUUUUAAUGGAGAUGACAAAUAUUCUGUAGCUCGUUGGAUUUCGGAUUACGAAGAGGUAGCCGAACUCUUCGGAUGGACGGACNUACAGAAAACAGUAUUUGCCAAGAGGUCAUUAAAAGGUUUAGCCAAGUUAUUCAUUCAAGGAGAACGCGGCUUGAAUUCGUGGANGAAGUUAAAGAAGGCGCUACAAGAAGAAUUUGGCGACAAAUUAAAUAGUGCCGAAUUACAUAAACAGAUGGAGAAAAGAAAGAUUAAGAAAGACGANUCAGUGCGAGCAUAUUUUCUCGCUAUGAAGGAGAUAGCAUCCAGAGGCGAAAUAGAGCAGGAAGCCUUGUUUCAGUACGUUAUCGACGGCAUAGACGAUCAAGCAGUGAAUAAAGGUAUCUUGUACGGAGCAAGAAAUGCGGAGGAGUUUAAAGAAAAGCUGNAAGCAUACGAGAAGAUGAGAACGAAGAACGUAAGCACAACUAAGAUAUCGAAUCCGACUGCUAAGAAUAAAAAAAGUGCAAAUCCAAAAGAAGAAGCUCGUUGCUUUAAUUGUGGCNAGUUCGGACAUAGAUCAACUGCGUGCGAUAACAGAAGCAAGGGUGCCAAAUGUUUUAGGUGUAACGAGUUUGGGCAUAAAUCGUUCGACUGCAAGAAAGAGAAAUCAAAGAAAGUAAAAGAAGACGACGAAGAAGAGACUAGAAAAGUUCGACUAGUAAAUCCUAAGAGCAUGUACAAGACGAUUGAAAUUCGAGGUGAAAAAUUCAAUGCUUUAGUAGAUACCGGCAGUCAAUUCAACAUCAUAAAUAAAAGCUCGUAUACUAAGGUAGGCACGCCGCCAUUGUCAGACUCUAAGUUGCAUUUCUCCGGAUUCGGUGGAAGUAAGGUGACACCAAUGGNAUAUUUUGAGGACGUUAUUAAGACUGACGAUGACUACUUUCAAGUAAAGAUCUAUGUAGUAGCUGAUGACGCCAUGACGGUGGAAACCAUAGUCGGCAACGAAUUAUUGUCACAGGCUGAAAUCAAGAUAAACAAAGAUAGCAUCACCAUCUNUAAAGUACACGAGAUAAAUAAUAUCCUUUCUCCGAAUUACGCUAUUGAAUCCGAUACGCCUGUCAUAGGAUGUACUAUCUCCAAAGAGAAGAAGAAAGAAGUAGAGAAUCUGUUGGAUGGUUAUGCACCAAAGAAGAUCAAGACGUCUAACGUUGAGAUGACCAUUACCCUAAANGAGAAUCAGAAGAUUUGUGCGCGACCAAGACGAUUACCAUUUCCAGAGAGGCAAGUAGUAGCAAAACAAGUGAAGCAGUGGAUCGAUGAGGGUGUCGUCGAACCAUGUUCGUCAGAGUACUCGAGUCCGGUCGUGGUGACUAAGAAGAAGGACGGAACACCACGAGUAUGUAUCGACUAUCGUGCCAUCAACCGGAUCAUNAUGAAAGACCGCUAUCCUCUGCCCCUCAUAGAAGAUAUCUUNGACAGACUGCAAGACGCUCGCGUAUACAGUUCGUUGGAUUUAAAAAAUGGAUUCUUUCACGUUCCCGUGAAUAAAGAUAGCCAGAAAUAUACAGCGUUCGUAACGCAUGGAGGGCAGUAUCAAUUUCGAAGAGUACCGUUUGGCUUGUGCAACUCGCCAGCUGUCUUCCAACGGUUUAUCAACGACGUAUUUUACGACAUGACAGUGCAAGGAAUCGCAUUGCCUUAUAGACGACUUAAUAAUACCGGCGAAAAACGAAGAAAAUGCUGUGGAAAAAUUAAAGCUGGUACUGAAACGAGCGGAAGAAUACGGUCUAGAAAUUAA